GGCCUUUUCGUCAACAGCUCCCGGAGGGCUUCAUCCCAUUGUUCCGUAGGCCCGAACAAUGGCACUACAAGGCUCGAACAAUGGGAUGAAGCCCUCUGGGAGACCUUGAGGGAAAGGCCUAUUGUUUCCACUGCUCUGUAACGUAGACCAUGAAAAAAGGGCAUUGUUUGCACCACCAGAGAUUAAAUUGGUUAGAGCAUGGUGUAGGAAAAUACUUUUUACUUGUCUCCCUUUCAGCAAGCAGCUCUGCUUACACUAGAAGACUUGGUUAAUGCCUCACAGAAAUUCUGCGCCAUGCCCAAUCAUAAAAAGUCCGAUGAAAAAAAGAUUCGAGAUCGUCGGAAGAAGAUGGAUAAAAGAAAAGACAAACGGAUAGAGAGUUUUAAGAAAAAGAAGAUUGAAAAGAUAAAAGAGACUGUCGAACUUGUCAAGCUAAAGAAGCAAGUUGAAGAUUCAACAAGAAAAAUUAACGGACUGAAAGCCCAACUGUGGUCUCGCAAUCCACCUCCUCAGUUGCAUGCUACAACGAAUGAGAGGAAUAGUCAUGGUCCUUGUACUAGAACUUCAACUCCUAAUAUGUGUAAGAAAGGAGUCAGUGGUUAUCAUCGAAGUGGAUUAGGGACUGUUAGUGUCAGUCAGCCAUGUUUUUUAAAGAAAAGUAAUGAAGUGCCAAAUCUUCCAACCACAACAAAACUCUCCAAAGAUGUAAUAGAAACCUUGUUGGUUGAUGGUCAGCAAGUUCUGUUGGGACGUGGCUCAUUUGGUUGUGUGUCUCUGGGGAAAAUGAAAUACUUGUGUACAGUUGUCGCUAUCAAAGAGUUACUUGCGCCAAAUGACUCUUUGGAUGAGCUAGUCAGAGAGGCUCGUAUCAUGCAACUGCUCUUGCAGAGCCCUUUUUUCCCGUAUGUUUAUGGGACUAUGGAUACACGUAGUUCACUUGUGAUGGAAUUCGUAGGGGAGGAAUUUGUGGAAGGAGCGGUCACGCGUUAUCGGUCAAGAACCCUGCAUGAUUUUCUUAGUGGAACUCUUCAAGAAAAUGACAGGCAACAUCUACCAAAAAUGUGUCUUAAUAUUGCAGAAGGCAUUGAAUUCAUGCAUAAGAAAGGCAUACUCCACAAUGACCUCAAAGAGAACAAUGUGCUCCUUGGCGUAUGCCAUCAAGAGGUGGGAUACUUUCCAAAAAUAUGUGAUUUUGGGAAGGCAACAUCUGUACAGAAUCCAAAGGUGUACAACAUUAAACAAGGAACAAAGAAACAUGGGAUAUAUGAUAAAUAUCGCCACUUAGCGCAUGAACUGCGGAAUUUCCAGGGUCAAGGCAGUCAAAAGCCAACAGCAAUGGAUAAAUUAAAACAUUGUAUAGAAUGCAACGAAGAAUUUCCUACACGUUCAUUUCAACGACACAAGUACAAAUGCUACGACUUCGAGAAACGAACCUGGAAAGCACAUGAUGCAAAUAGCGUGGAAGGACAUCAACAACCUGGCAGUUCAAGAACUUCAGAUCUGAGAUAUAAUCAUAUCGAUGACGUCAAUUCAUCAGACUCCGAAGUUGAUAGUGUCGUGGUAGAUGAUAUUGUUAUGGAAGACCUUGACGAAGCAGCCUAUAUGAGUGAUGCCUCAACUGAUGUUCAAGAAGAAGUGGUGAUGUCUUCUGCUACUAAUGAUGAUGAUGGGAACAAUCCUGGCAAGCCUGAUUGGUCUGACAUGGAAUCAGAAUUGGAUGAAAAUGACCCUGUAGACACUGAUGGCGACACUGAUGCAGAAGACAACCCUGAUAUUGAAGCUGUAGAUUCUGAUGAUGAAGAGGACUUUCGACUGCAAGGAAAGCCUGUGGCUUCAAAAGUCACUCAGCUGAGAAAGGUUGCAGCAAGUGCUAUAAGGUUUUCCCUGGUGGUUUAG